AAGUGUUGACAUUCGUUUGACUACUCAUUGGUUGUGCACAUAAGGGUUAAUUAAGAAGCUAUAUCCAAAGCAUUGUUGGAAUUGAUGACGCUAACUGACAAGUAAACAAAGCAUUAAAGCAUUUCUUUAAAAUUCAGUUAGCAAAAUAAACACACAGAUAUGCGCAAAACAUGGGUGAAGCGAGAGAAUAUUUAUUACAAACCCUUCUACAAACACAAGUCAAAAAUGUUUAUGCUGUUGAUAUUUCUGGUGGGCAUCUCAUUCAUUAUAUAUCAGGCAUUCUCGCUAAAUCAGUUGCCCAGCGUGCAGCAGCUGAGACUGAAACACAAAGAAAUGAUGCGCUCUCUUGGCAAGAAGCAGCUUGACGUGGACGAUUUCGAUGGAGGAGGUGGUGUCGGAGCUCUUUUUGGUGCUAGGGUCACUACAGCACCAGAUGAUGGUACUAUUAAAAUAAUGAGAGGCAUCCGUCUGUUCGACUAUGAUGCCUACAAACCAAACUUUGAGGGUAACUUCAAGUGCCUAGAUGGCAGCAAGGAUAUACUCUUCAGUCGGGUCAAUGAUGACUACUGUGAUUGCGAAAGCGAUGGCAGCGAUGAGCCUAGCACAAAUGCCUGCGCCAAGGGACGCUUUUACUGCAAGUUCCAAAAGCGUCAUCUCACGGGGCGAGGCUUAGAUACAUACGUGGCGACAUCACGCAUAAAUGAUCAAGUUUGUGAUUGUUGCGAUGGCAGCGAUGAGUGGACAACCCAUGCGAAAUGUCCAAACACUUGUACGUAGUUACUACUGAGAACUGCUAAGCAGCUCCGGGUUAGACACCACAACUCACACUCAUGAAUGCAUCUCAAGGAAACCCCACUUCACAUUAGAGCUUCAAAGUCUGUAAAAACGCAUCACAAGCGAUAUUUAGUUAUUUCUAAAAUACAUGGUUACGAUUAAAUUGUAAUUUAUUUUUAAAUACCAGACUCAAUGUAUAUUUAAGUAG